AGCUUUUCCAGUAUAUCAGUUAUUCAGUGGCGAUUGAAGGAGAGUGAUCGCGAAAAGUUAUGUGAUUCUAUAAAUUUGGAAUUUUUCCACGAAAAAAAAAUCUCACAGAAGAAAACCAAGAUGAUGGGAAAGAAAACUCACUGGAUAUUUAUAUUUGCAAGUUUUGUGAUAUCUUGUGCAUCCCUCAUAGUGUUGAUUGUAUCAACUACAACGACCGAAUGGGUCAUAGGCAAUGCGAUAACACGAGAUGGAGCAACAGCUACCAUUAACGCACACUAUGGACUCUUUUCGGGUUCUCAGGAACUUCAUAUUUUCGAAGUUACUUCCCCGUACGACCUCACAAUGACUUGUUCAUUUGAGCACAAUAUCUGCGGUUUGAGCUGCCAGAGGACUCCAGAAGCGAGAUCAGAUGAAAUCUUAAGGAUCAAGAAUGGUGAAAUACCUCUGGAUUGUCCAUUGAGUAAUUCAAGAUCAAGUGGAAUAGCAAAAUUGCAAGAAGCCACUGAAAUAUCUCCAAGAAAUACACCGCCAAAUGAACAAUUUAUUAGUUCUGCGCUGUGGCUUUCAACUCUAAUCUGCCUAUGCAUAACUAUUCUCUUCUCCUUCCUGACCACCAUUCAGUCACUCGUCAAUAUCAUUUCCAAUCCCAUUUGGUCGAUUUUCAGUGUCUAUGGCUUGUAUAUUUGGAAUGGAUUGACAAUUGCCUUUGCGGUUUUAACGAUGAUUCUAUGGGGAUCUCUCUUUGCCACUUCCAUCAGAUACAACAUAGCCAUUAGGCAUACUCUGACAGUCAACACUACGCUUUCCUCUGAGGAUUUGUCAUCCUUAGGAUUCUCCUACUGGAUCCUAUUUGGACCAAUUGUCCUCCACGCCGUCAAUAUUGGUCUUCUUCUGUGGAGAAGGUGGCUCAUUGAGAGAGAGCCUCCGCCAGUAGCCAUAAAUGUGGCUAAAAAUGAUUUUACAAUUCUACUCUACUAAAUUUAUUCAGUUAAGUUGUAAAAAAAUGCAAUAUCAUAACCUUUUAAUAUAGAUUUUGAAAAAAAAAUCAU